CGGCGGCAGCGUCCCGAGCGCCCGGACCCCUACCCACCCCCCGGCGCCUGACGCGCACAGCUUCCCCGAGCGCAUCCCGGACCUUGGCGUGUUCUCGGCUUGAGGCGGGUGCAUAAAAUUACAAAGCUUCAUAAUCACCCUACGACCACAGAGCGCAAACAUGAAUGAAAUUUCCCAAAAGGCUGAGAUUCUGCUUUCUUCAUCUAAACCUGUACCAAAAUCCUAUGUGCCAAAACUUGGCAAGGGUGAUGUAAAGGAUAAGUUUGAAGCCAUGCAGAGAGCCAGGGAAGAAAGAAAUCAAAGGAGAUCUAGAGACGAAAAGCAAAGAAGAAAAGAACAAUAUAUUAGAGAGAGAGAAUGGAACAGGAGAAAGCAGGAGAUUAAAGAAAUGCUUGCUUCUGAUGAGGAAGAGGUAUCUUCUAAAAUAGAAAAGGCUUAUGUCCCAAAGCUAACAGGAACUGUUAAAGGUAAAUUUGCUGAAAUGGAGAAACAAAGACAAGAGGAACAAAGGAAGAGAACAGAGGAGGAACGAAAACGCAGAAUUGAGCAGGAUAUGUUAGAAAAGCGGAAGAUUCAGCGUGAAUUAGCAAAAAGGGCUGAGCAGAUUGAGGACAUAAACAAUACGGGAACUGAAUCAGCAUCAGAGGAAGGAGAUGAUUCACUGCUGGUAACAGUGGUACCUGUCAAAUCGCACAAAACAUCUGGCAAAAUAAAAAAGAAUUUCGAAGAUCUAGAAAAAGAGCGAGAAGAAAAGGAAGGGGUCAAAUAUGAAGAAGAUAAAAGAAUAAGAUAUGAAGAACAACGUCGAUCUCUCAAGGAAGCAAAGUGUCUUUCAUUGGUCAUGGAUGAUGAACUGGAAAACGAGGCAAAAAAAGAAUCAUUUUCUCCUGGAAAAUUGAAACUGACUUUUGAAGAAUUGGAAAGACAGAGACAAGAAAACCGAAGGAAGCAAGCUGAGGAGGAGGCAAGAAAACGUUUAGAAGAAGAGAGGCGGGGUUUUGAAGAAGCAAGGAGGCAAAUGGUAAAUGAAGAGGAAGAAAACCAAGACACAGAAAAUAUUUUUAAAGCGUACCGCCCUGGUAAACUCAAACUCAGUUUUGAAGAAAUAGAAAGACAGAGGAGAGAAGACGAAAAAAGGAAAGCAGAAGAAGAAGCCAGAAGAAGAAUAGAGGAAGAAAAGAAGGCAUUUGCUGAAGCAAGGAGAAGCAUGGCGGUAGAUGAUGACUCCCCAGAGAUGUAUAAAACAAUCUCUCAAGAAUCUCUUACACCGGGAAAACUGGAAAUUAAUUUUGAAGAAUUAUUAAAACAAAAAAUGGAAGAAGAAAGACGACGAACAGAGGAGGAACGGAAGCAUAAGUUAGAGAUGGAAAAACAGGAAUUUGAACAACUGAGACAAGAAAUGGGAGAGGAAGAGGAAGAAAAUGAAACCUUUGAACUGAGCAGGGAAUAUGAAGAAUUAAUCAAAUUGAAAAGAAGUGGCUCUAUUCAAGCUAAAAAUCUAAAAAGCAAGUUUGAAAAAAUUGGACAGUUGUCUGAAAAAGAAAUACAGAAAAAGAUAGAAGAAGAACGAGCAAGAAGAAGAGCAAUUGACCUUGAAAUUAAAGAGCGAGAAGCAGAAAACUUUCAUGAGGAAGAAGAUGUUGAUGUCAAGCCUGCAAAAAAAAGUGAGGCUCCAUUUACUCAUAAAGUAAAUAUGAAAGCUAGAUUUGAACGAAUGGCUAAGGCAAGAGAAGAAGAAGAACAAAGAAGGAUUGAAGAGCAAAAGCUGCUACGAAUGCAGUUUGAACAAAAGGAAAUUGAUGCAGCACUACAAAAGAAAAGAGAAGAGGAGGAAGAAGAAGAGGGUAGCACCAUGAACGGCUCCACUAUAGAAGAUGAGGAAGAAACCAGAUCAGGAGCUCCGUGGUUUAAGAAGCCUCUAAAAAACACAUCGGUAGUAGAUAGUGAGCCAGUUAGAUUUACUGUUAAAGUAACAGGAGAACCCAAACCAGAAAUUACAUGGUGGUUUGAAGGAGAACUAUUGCAGGAUGGAGAGGACUAUCAGUAUAUUGAAAGAGGAGAAACUUACUGCCUUUAUUUGCCAGAAACUUUCCCAGAAGAUGAAGGAGAGUAUAUGUGUAAAGCAGUGAACAAUAAAGGUUCUGCAGCUAGUACCUGUAUUCUUACCAUUGAAACUGAUGACUACUAGGUUCCCUUCUCUGUCCCUGGAACUCUCUCUCUCUCUCCGACUUUCUUACUACAUCCAUCUUUUCUGUGGCGGGGCCAAAAAAAAAGGAAACCGGAAGUGCCACUAUGUUGACUUCUUAUUCCUUUCCCUAACAGUCUUCAAAAUGCAAGCUCAUCUAAAUACCUAAGUCUUCCUUUUCAAAUGAGCACCAGAUUCAUCGCCAUAUUAUACAGAAGUUAAUGUGUAAUUUUAUGGGGCAAAGUGGGAAAUUCACCAUUAAUUCUAUUGCAACCUAUUACAAAGUAAGGCUAUGUAUUUCCCAUGUUUAUAAGCAAUUGUUUUAAAAAAAUCAUAAAUGGAACAUAUUUGCAUGAAAGACUAUUUAUGAACUAUUCACACCUAAAAUUAGUUUAAAAUAGCUGAGACAAUGAAUUUGGAACCUUUCAAUUUGAGUGGGCUUUUCUUCUCAGUAGUAUAUACCAUUUUGGUUGUUGUAGUUUCAGUCUUCUGGAGCAGAGAUAUGAGGGAGUAGGAGUUACCAGUUCUCCCUCUGUGUGGAGAAAAAAAAAAGUUAAAAGACUUAAACAACUUCCAGAGUCAAUCUGAUGGAAACCAUUGCCUUUUACAUACUAGAUUCUGAGUGUUAAGAAUAUUAAACAUGUACUUUUCAAAUGUGCAUAAUAUAUAUUCAUGCUUAUAAAGCAAAUUUAUGUUGUGA